AUGGCCUUUAUUGGCUCUACUUUUGGACAACUUUUCUACGCUGUGCUGCUCCUCAUCAACGCUGUUGCUGUCCUGCACGAAGAGCGUUUCCUUGCCAAAGUCGGCCUGGGCCAGGUCCAGUCACAAAACCAGUUUGACCCAAACAGCAUCUCGCUCCGAUCCAAAGUCGUCAAUCUCAUCUCUGCGGUCCGCACGUUGCUCCGAUUCCCUCUCAUCGGCAUCAACGUCCUCGUCAUUAUCUAUGAACUCAUAUUUGGAUAA